GUUGAUUUGUGCGUCAGGUUAGCUCUCAACUCUUUGAUUGUGGACACACUGGUGAGCACUAUACGGUCACCUUAACGUGGAGCAAACUAUAUAACAUUCACAAUGGUCAAUACUGAGAUGACUUCACCUAGUGUGGACACUAUAGACAUCGGUGAAUAUACCUUGAAGGAGUAUGUGCCCGCAAAGGCUUUUGAAAGCAAUUUAAAAAUUACCUUCACUGAUGCUAACGAACAGGAUAUUGUGAAGCCUCUACCAGGUGGCCAGUUGAACUGUGGGCCAACACUUAAAUUUCCAUUUGCACUGGAGGGUUACUUACCCACAUGCGUAACCAUUCAAGAGGCAAAUGAGCUGGUGACCGCUGAUGAAAACACACAUACAAAACGUGUCUUAGAGUUAAUCUUGGAUAUUUCAGCACUUGGAACGCUGGAUUAUAUGCCCGGUGAUACAGUAGGCAUACUGCCAAAAAAUGCAAAAACUGUUGUAGAGCAGCUCCUACAACGCUUAGAACUUAGCGAGCAGGCAGACAGUAUAUGUCGUGUUGAUCUGUCUUUGCACUGUGCCAAAAAGAACGCCAAAGUUCCUGGACACAUUCCGGCUACGACUACGCCUCGUGAAAUCUUUACUCAUUGCCUGUCACUGAAUGCCGUGCCACAAAAACAAUUCCUUAGCGCGCUUGCCAAAUACACUAGCAAUAUUAACGAGCGUGAAUUUUUGGCUAGUUUGUCGUCCAAGCAUGGCGCUGCCCACUAUCACACACUUAUCUUGGAGCAGGGCUUAUGUUUGCAGGAUUUGCUUGAGCUGUGCCCGAGUUGUAAGCCAACACUUGCGCUGCUUGUAGAGCAUUUGCCACGACUGCUGCCGCGACCCUAUUCCAUAGCCAACAGUCCCUUGGAGUGCAGCAAGCAUCAAUUGUCCAUCAUAUUCUCUAUACGUGCACCCAAACCAGGAGUAACAACCAGCAUGUUGGAUGCGCUAAUUGCACAGCAUAAACAAAAGGAGCACCAGAAACCAGUUGAGCUGAAUAUUUACCCGCGCAUGCAUAAUGCCUUUCGCUAUACAGAAGAGCAUUUCACUGGAAAUCAAAUACUCAUUGCCGUGGGUACAGGAGUGGCUCCUUUUCUUGGCUUUCUAGCACAUAAGGCACAAAAUCACGAACUCGCUACUGGUCUGACUUGGCUGUAUAUGGGUGCCAAGACACCACAGGCUAUUCCUAAGCUGGAUAAAUUGUUUGAGUGGCACGAAACCGGUUUAAUCCAAUGCCUUAAUAUUUGCACUUCACGUGACUCAACUGAAGGUGGUCCUAAAUAUGUGCAUGAACUGCUGGAGGAGGAUGCGGAAACGCUGGUUAAUUUUCUGCUAGACCCUAAAACCGUCUUAUACGUUUGUGCUGAUGGUGCUAAGAUAUCUAAGUCGAUAUCCCAGAGCCUGAGCAGUUGUCUGCAACAGGCUUUGGAGCUAAAUGAGACCGAGGCCGCACAGGAGAUCCAAGAAAUGCGCACAAAAGGAAAAUACCGUGAAGACCUUUGGAUUUAAUGUUAAAUUGCACGUUUUAUAGUUAUGCUGCCGUUAGAUUGUUGUACAAAUCUAUGAAAUGAAAUAUACCAUACUAUAUAUAAAAAACCAAAUGUAAAAAUGUGUUUUGUGGUCCAUUGAGCUUAGUGCUCCAGGGCUUUGUCUAGAAUAGAAAAAACCUUUGGUGCUUUGGUCGAAUAAGUAAAUAACGAUAUAUUUAACAACACAAAAUAAAAUUACAGUGCAAACUAAAAUAAUACAUACAAAGUUGUGCAUAUCAAAUUGUAAGGCUUAAAAGUCGGUGAAUUAUCUCCUGGUGUUUGUAUAUAUAAUAUUUGUAAAAACUAAAAGCUCGUAAAUGUAAUGUAAAUGUGUAAAAUAAGAUUGCAGAAAUUAAUAUAAUUAUUAACAAUAGCGUGAAAUAUAUGUAUAUGUACGACUUAGUUUUGCGAUCGCAAAAGAAAUGCAUUAAGAAAUUAAGCUUAUGUGGAAUUACAUAUGUGCAAGCCAAAACUAAACAAAUAUCUAUGUAUACCAUAUAUUUAUAUAUAUAUAUUUUUGAUAAAACACAUUUUGUUGUUGUU